AUGGAAGACAUUCAUCCUAAUUGCCCUUUAGAUUGUAAUGAAGUAGAAUCAAUAGAACAUAUGUUAUUCUUCUGUCAUUUUGCCAAAGAGGUAUGGGCUUCAGAACCUCACCCAAUACAAUUUCAUUUCUAUAGUUCUGUAACUUUUCUGGACAUCUGUAAAGAAUGGUUAGGUAAACAGAAUACCAUUAUACCAGUAGAACUUGCUUUGACUAAAGCCCGGUUCAUAUGGAAAGAGAGAUGUAACUUAAUAUUUGAAAAUAAACAUCAGCCAAGUGCUCAACUAAGUACAGAAAUUAAAAGACACUUAGAAUUUUGGUAUAAAUAUCAUCCCCUACUGACACAAGUAAUGAAGAAUGGAGACAAAAAUGUUAACUGGAUCCCUCCUGAGAAAUCACAGUUGAAAAUAAACAUAGAUGCAGCAUGGAUCUUAGAUAACUUGCCAGCAGGUUUCUCUUUAAUUCUUAGAAAUGACGCAGUAAUACUUGAACAAGGAAGAGCUGGAGCUCUCACAGCCUCUACCCCUGAAGAAGCGGAAGCACUAGGACUGUUGCAGGGAGCAAAGUGGGCAGUUGAAAUUGGCCUGUCAAACUUUUCUCUUGAAGGAGAUUGUAAGAACCUUUUUGAUUACCUUAAUGGAAAUAAAUCAUUGUUAGGAUGGCAAAACAUUCCUAUUUUAGAUGAAGCUGUCAACGAAUUAAAGUCUUGUAACAAUUUUUUGGGAUUUCAUUUUGUACCAAGAUCAACUAAUUCUGUAGCUGACUUAAUGGCCAAAGAAGCCAAAAACUUCAGCGUUUCCCUUAACUGGAGAAAGAAAAUUCCGGAAUGUAUUAAGGUAGCUUUGGAAGUAGAUAAAUCAAAUGUUAGAGUCGAUUUUUUCGGCCCCGCAUUAAAUGGCUCUACUCAACUUGAUGUAAGGGUUACUAACUCCCUAAGUUAG